UCCGCGUGCUUCUGGCUUCACGAAUAGGCGUCUCUUCUUCACGCGAAGACCGAGGAGGAGGAGGGAAACAGAAAAUGGCGGACGGUGUUGAUCACAUUGAUAUUUACGCCGAUGUAGAAGAGGAAUUUAAUCAGGAAUCCGAUUAUCCUGUCCAUGAGCAGAUUGACCUGUAUGAUGAUGUCAUCUCGCCAUCUGCCAACAACGGGGACGCACCUGAGGACCGAGAUUACCUGGAUAACCUGCCGGCACCUGGAGGCAAUGAGGGCUCCAAAGGAGCUCCACCAAACGUCGUCUACACCUACACUGGCAAAAGAAUCGCUCUGUACAUCGGCAACCUCACAUGGUGGACCACAGAUGAAGAUUUGACAGAUGCGAUUCGCUCCAUAGGCAUCAAUGAUGUGCUGGAGAUAAAGUUUUUUGAGAAUCGGGCAAAUGGCCAGUCAAAGGGGUUUGCGCUGGUCUGCGUAGGUUCAGAUUCCUCGUCCAGGAAGCUGAUGGAUCUGCUGUCUAAACGGGAGCUGCACGGACAAAACCCCAUCGUCACUCCUUGCAACAAACAGUCGCUCAGCCAGUUUGAGAUGCAGUCCCGAAAAAGCACACAGUCGGGGCAGAUGUCAGGAGAGGGGAAGGCUGGGCCUCCAGGAGGAGGUCGCAGUGGCUUCCCUCUCGGCAGGGGUCGAGGGCGCUUUCCGGGCCAACCUGGCCCAGGUGGAGACCGUUUUCCUGGACCUGGUGGACCUGGUGGACCUCCGCCACACUUUCCAGGGAUGCAAGGACCACCGCGUCCUCCCUCUGGCCCACCUGGGCCUCCGGGACCCCCUGGGCCCCCUCCACCUGGACAAGGUCUACCGCUGCCUCUCGGUGGACCUCCUCACAGAGGAGACCGCCCUCCACCUCCCGUCAUUUUUCCUGGUCAGUUUGGCCAACCUCCAAUGGGUCCGAUGCCUCCUGGCCCGCCUCCACCAGGAUACGGGCCUCCCCCAGGCCCCCCACCACCUCAACAAGGUCCACCCCCUCCCGGACCCUUCCCACCCCGUCCACCUGGGCCCUUAGGACCCCCGCUUGGCCUUGCACCUCCACCUCACAUGCAGGGACCCCCACCUGGAGGUCCACCACCAGCUCCUCACGUCAACCCGGCCUUUUUCCCUCCACCUGGAAACAACAACAUGCCACCGUCCGACGGCAGGGGUCCUCCACCCGGCGACCCCUACGGCCGCCCUCCUCCUUAUGACCGAGACUACGGCCCGGGUGGCAGUAACUUCAGACCCCCUGUAGUAUGUGGCUUUGAGCCCUGGAUAAACGAGGGGUUGGUUGAUGUGAAAAACUCUGGCCAGCACUUGCACAAUACAAGUGAUCAAGGGGACAUGGAUGCGUCUCGCACUCCUCUGAGCGAAGCAGAGUUUGAGGAGAUCAUGAAUCGUAACCGAGCAAUCUCCAGUAGUGCUAUCUCGAGGGCCGUGUCGGAUGCGAGCGCAGCUGAUUACGGCAGUGCUAUAGAGACUCUGGUGACGGCCAUCUCUCUAAUCAAGCAGUCGAAGGUUUCCGCUGAUGACCGCUGUAAGGUUCUCAUCAGCUCACUGCAGGAUUGCUUGCAUGGAAUUGAAUCCAAAUCUUAUGGAUCUGUAUCGAGCAGACGGGAAAGGUCCAGGGAGAGGGACCACAGUCGCUCUCGUGAAAAGAACCGCCGGCACAAGUCUCGCAGCCGAGACCGGCACGAGGACUAUUACCGGGAGCGUAGCCGCGAGAGAGACCGCCAUCGUGAGCGAGACCGUGACCGCGAGAGAGACCGAGAACGUGAAAGGGAAUAUCGCCACCGUUAGUUGGAGAGGAAGCUGAACGCAAGAGGAGGAGGAGAGACGUCAGGAGCAACGUGGAUUCAUCCGACAGCAUCCCGCAUCGCAGAGCGCUGGACUCCGGACACAAGGAGAGUUCUGUCAAAUAUUACAUACUCACUCUUAAUUCCAACAGCUCUUGUUUUAUUUUUUACUUUUAUUUG